GAAUGCCCCCUUGAUGUAAAAGACAUCGACUUGAAUAUAAUUUGGUUGUUCAGAUGCCUAAGUGAUGGUGAUCAUGCGUUAACGUCUUCGAGUACGUGUGGAGCUGAACCCAGUACACCGAAACGGAUUCGUCACACUACAGACAUAUCACCUGUUCGAGAGCACCCCGAACACCGAGACCGAACUCUGACAGACGUGGCAACUCCUCGAGAUCGGCUUGUAACGGAGACAUCUCAAGAGGAAUUCCCUUCGUUGAACGAAAUCGAAGAUGAUGUUAUCGUUGACGUCGUGAAUAUGAAUAAUCACGGAAAAUCAGCGUGA